AUGCAUACGGGAUCCAGACACUACUUCCCUGACAGCUUUCACUAUACCACUUCGCCUUUGGCUCUCGACGGCAAGAAAUCGCUGGAGCUUCCACAUGUUCAUCACCGCGCAAGACAGAGUCGCUAUCCGCCGCCUAUCGGGACUCUGAACGGGAAUCCACAUAGUCCCCUUCGAGUUUUGUCCGGUUCUACUGGUCCUUCGAACAACACUCCACUUCUGUCUACCUCAUCUGGUCUACGGGACACCUCCGCCCUCAAAGUUUAA